AGCGGUCUUAGUUGCGGAUUUGUUUUUCACUUUCGCGCAGUUCGGAAUUUCUCUGUAAUAGAUGCCAUGUUUUAAAUUGAAUGUGAAUUUCAAGUAAUCUAGCUACUGAACUACGGAAAUAACCUCUCCUCAAAAUCCUUCAGGAAAUUGUAAUUCUACUUCUUUAUAUGUGACCAACUAUGAAGCUAUAAUUCUAACUUUAAUCACAGCUUUUCGUAACUACUCAUUUACCAAAAAAGUUAAUACUAUUCAGACCAAGAAAACUGUGACUAAUAAGCUACAAAUCAAACGGUUAAUAAUUCACCAGCGAAUACACUAUGCUAAAGAUGGAACUCAUAAAUAUCAUGAUUAUUCUCCUAACAGUAUCUAACACAGCUACCUCUGACGGGUCCCUCAUCGCCGAGUUCGACCAGAAGGGCCUUCGAGGACAAGUCGGGUUUCUGCAGGUUACCGACGGCGAAGUGAUUGUGGCUGCAAGUGUGAAGGGCACCACGAAGGGUGAAGUGUUCGUCUGGAAGAUCUACGACCUUCCUGUGGCUGCUUAUGAAGAGUGCGUUGCUGCUAACUACGGCGAGGAGUUACUGGAUCUGAGCGACAUCCACGGGCUUCUCGAAGCAGACACGGUCGUAGCCGUUGGAAACCUGGACUUAUCUCAGUUUGUCGAGAGACCCUUAGUUCUGAAGUCUUUAACCACGUUCAGGGUAGUGUGCGGCACUCUCCGGCCAACUGCACCUACAACUACCUAUGUGGCGAAGUUUAUAACUUCCGUUGCUGGUAGUAUGGUAUUUCGGCAGGUGGAAGUAAACACUGGUUCAGUAACAGGCGUGAGAUCUACUCUUGUAUCCGUCAAGAAAAACAUGAAGUCAUCUUCUGAAGUUACGUGGACCCUCUUCAGCAGGAAGUACGAAACGGAAGAUAUCUCUUUGGGUCACAUGAAGAACAGCUGCAGGAAUCUUGGGCGCUUCCCGGGAUCUGUGGUACAUGAAGGACUCUCUCCAAGUCCUCUAGGAUCCUCAGUGAAGAAUGGAAAGCACUACCAGAUAGAGAGGCUGCCACAUUUACACAAGAUGGCGACUGAAGGAGCUGUCUAUGUCGUUCUGUACUUGGGAGAAAAAAUGGUCGCAUGUUCUCGUUUAUUGAGGAUACAGCCACGCAGAGCGACAGCUAUCUUUGACAGCAGGGGUCCUACGGAUGGGGGUGUCCUGGGCGAGGUGGAGCUUUAUCAAGUGUCACCUUUUGACCCCGUCAAGUUGUCUAUCAACCUCACGGUCCCUGGGGCCGACGCAGCCGCCUUCGGUAUCGACAGCUUUGCAAGUGUCGACAGCGAGUCGUGCAGUGGUUUAUCAAGGCGAUUCUACGAACCAUGGACUGUCGAUUUAGACCUCACGCCUCCACCACAAGAAGGAACGAAGGACCUGUACCCUGCCGGGGACCUCAGUGGCAAAUUUGGGACGCUGGUGGAUGUGGAAAGUGCAGCAGCCACCCUUACCGACCCCAUGUUAACGUUGUUUGGGGAUUACAGCGUCAUUGGGCGUGGAGUAGGCGUCUACGACAGCAGGUGGCGGGUAAUGGGCUGCGCGGAUUUAGUCAGCGAAAGCCCCCAGGUUACGGCCCUCGCAGUUUUCUCAGGAGAAGACCCCAGCGAUAUCUCGGGCAUUAUGCAUCUCUCCCAAUCCAUAGACUCCAUCUUCUCUGAAACGCAGGUGUAUUUGCAUCUAUAUCGAACUGAUGGAGAGGACACGAAAGGUCACAAAUUCCACGUGCAUGCUCGAGAGGUUGACAGGUCGGGACAGUGUGCUACAGCGGGAGGGCACUUCAACCCUUUCUCCAUAUUCCUACAAGAUAAGCAGAAAUUCAAUGCAAGAUUACCUAAAGAAGCUCAUGAAGUAGGCGACCUGUCUAACAAAUGGGGAGCAGUUACAAUACCUGGACCACUAACUUCGAGGACCGACCUUUCUGCAGGAAGAUACUUUUGGACGGAUGCAUCCUUACCGCUACUAGGGGAAGGAUCAGUGCUCAACAAGGCUGUUGUGAUUCACGCUCCUGACGGAGGCGCCGAAAGGGUUGCCUGCGCAAACAUUGUAGUGAAGGAUUUCGGGCGAUAACUCAUUAUUAUCCCAUUCACUUUCCGUGCUUCAUUUAUUUAAUGAUGAAAAGUUAGGUCUUAUGGUAAAAACAAUGAAAUCCAUAAGGAUGAAAUUGGAAAUAGUACUAUAACUGAGGUACUUAUAGACACUGCUUGCUUUAAGACGCUUUAAAAGUCUACAGACUUCUUUUAGAGUCGAAGACUGUUUAAAUGCUUAACACUUACAUGGUAUAAAUGCUUCAAGUCUACAUUAACGAGUUUACGAUUGUUUAAAUGUUUUAAGAGAACUUACAUACUUGAGACUUCGAGUGAAUUUUGGCGUAUUAUUUACUAUUAUUUACGGAUGCUCAAAUUGUUUAUGACUGUUUCAUUGCUUUGAAACUCUUUCAACCGGAUCCCGCAAGUAAGAAACCUCUGCUAUUAAUAUGGCGGGUGAGGUUAGAUUAGGGCAAUUACUUUCAUAAAAGAUUAGAUCAUUGUUAAUUCAAAAUAACUUAGGUGCCAUCGAGUUACGAACAAAAAGGAAAAAAGACAAAUAUAUACGGUAGAGUCUGCUCUGCUGCAAGACUGAUAAACAAAGCUGAAUAAAGAGCAUCAUGCAUGGUAUAUUUAGAGUUUAAGUGAAAUAAUUACAGCCACUUCAAAUACAUUCGAAAUGUUAAUCACGCCUAAUAUGAACAUUAACUUAUAAAAUAAAGCCAGUAAAGUAAACCUAAUAGCUUUUACGUAAUUCAUAUAUUUGUUUUGUCAGUGUUGCUAGCUGUUAAUAGUGUUCAGUGUCUCUUGAAGCUUAUUAAAGCAUCACAAAGUUUUGCAGAGACAUGCUGCUCUCGUGCCAAUACUACAAGUUUAAGGUUACGGUAAUAUAUUGUGAUACAGCUCAUAAGGAAUGGAAUGGACAUCCGCUCUUCAAUUGACCAAGAUUAUGAUAUUCACGCUCCCUCUUAGACUCGGCAGAUUAAUUGCUAUCAUAGCCUUUUAAUAAUAACAAUAAUAAUAAUGAUCAUGAGUGAAAACAGCAAAAGGAAUAAU